UUCACCCUGAAAUAUCAUGGCAAAGUGUGAUAAGCUAAGAAACUGGAUGCGACAACCGGACUCCCACAUUCUUCUUCAGUUCCGCGCGCGAAGCAGGCAAAGAACUCACAUCUCACUCAUGCCUGCCAUGAUCUUCCUUUCUCUUCUUCCUCAGCUAUCUGGUAAUCCUAACAUCGCAUUUCACUCCAUCUCAUUCCCUUAUUCUUUCUCUAAUACUUCAUCCUUCUCUCCCCAGAAUCCUCCCAAAAAUCCCAUCCAAAAUCACCCCUUCAAUCUUUUUCCAAUUGCCUCCACAACGAACCCAAACUCCCCUAUCUCCUCUGAGUCUAAGUCCCAUCCUGAUGCUCCCGUCAAGGCCCCCACACCUCCGUGGAUGAAGGGUCCUCUUCUUAUCCAACCUCAUGAAGUUCUUAACCUUUCUAAGCCCAAUGCCAAUAAGAGAUUCAAUAAGAGUGAGGUGGAACAAUCUGAUAAGGCGUUGACUGCGAAGGAAAGCGGCGUCAGAGGGAAGAAGGCUAUGAAGAAAAUUGUCCAAAGCAUUGAGAAGCUUCGGAAGGGUCAGAAUUACUCAACUGACGAGCAGAUGGAUUCUGCAGAAGCUGGAAUUGGGGAUACUUUAGAACGAUUAGAAAAAGACGGGGAUUCCAGAACUUGGAGUAGGAUGCCAUGGGAGAAGGAUGAGAGGAUUGAGUUUCGGAGGACGAAAAAGGAAAAGGCGGUGACUACGGCGGAUUUGACGCUUGAUAAGACAUUGCUUCGGAGGUUAAGAAGUGAGGCUGCGAGGAUGCGAACUUGGGUGAAGGUUAAGAAAGCUGGGGUUACUCAAGCUGUUGUCGAUGAAAUUAAGCGCAUUUGGACUAGAAGUGAGCUUGCCAUGGUCAAAUUUUGUGUCCCUUUAUGCCGGAAUAUGGAUAGAGCUCAAGAAAUUGUCGAGUUGAAGACUGGAGGCUUGGUUGUCUGGAGUAAGAAAGAUAUUCUUGUCAUCUAUCGAGGGCACAAUCAUCAGAUCACUCCUAAACUUUCUGAAAAGAUUUAUACAAGAUACUUUGACUGUCAAAACAACCUUCAUGGAAUCAAUUUUUUGCAGUCAGAAACCAAGGACAAAGUAUACCAGUUUCGCUUCCAUCAAAGUAGUGCUCAUGACAUGUUGAGCUGGAAAGCUGAUAGUGGAGACUCUACGGCAGUCGAUAUUCAUAGCGAAGAUGUGAAUGGCCAACUUGUGACUGGAUCAUUGUUUGAGAGGGAAACUGACAGGUUACUGGAUGGCUUAGGACCUCGUUUCAUUGAUUGGUGGAUGCAUAAGCCACUCCCUGUAGAUGGUGACUUACUUCCAGAAGUGGUUCCUGGAUUUGAGCCUCCAUUUAGGCUUUCUCCACCUUGUGCUAAUUCAAAAAUGACCGAUAAUGAACUUACGUACUUGAGGAACCUUGCUCACCCUUUGCCAGUCCAUUUUGUUCUUGGUAGGAACAAAGGACUACAGGGCUUGGCUUCUGCUAUUUUAAAGUUGUGGGAGAAGAGCCUUGUAGCAAAAAUUGCUGUGAAGUAUGGAGUUCCUAAUACUGACAAUGAAAAAAUGGCCAAUGAACUGAAGUUUCUCACAGGAGGAACUCUGUUGCUGCGUAAUAAGUUUUAUAUAAUACUCUAUAGGGGCAAGGACUUCCUUCCUAGAAAUGUCGCAGCUUUGGUGGAAAAGAGAGAAGAGGAGCUUAAAGGCUGUCAACUUCACGAAGAAGUUUCACGGCUGAAAGCAGUUGAAGCUUUUUCUCCAAUUGAUGAACCACAACAGCACAUUAGUACAAGUGGGACUUUAUUAGAAUUCAAGAAAAUCCAAAGAACGAUUUGGGAUGCCAAAAACAUCCAUGUAGACUCAAAUGUUCAACUGGAAGCUGAAAUAGUCAGAUUGGAGAGGGAACUGAAAAAGGGAGAGCGCCAACUGUCCAUUCUUAACAAGAAACUAGAGAUCUCAACGAAGGAACUAUCAAAGUUAAAUGCUGCUUGGACACCUUCGGAUAAGGAUGCAGACCUGGAAAUAAUGACAGAAGAAGAGAGACAAUGCUUCCAGAAGAUAGGACUGCAGAUGCGUAGUUGCUUAGUGCUUGGUAGGCGUGGGAUCUUUGAUGGUGUAGUGGAGGGCAUACAUCAGCACUGGAAGCACAGAGAAGUAGUAAAGAUCAUUACAAAGCAGAGAGUGUUCGGGCAGGUCAUGAACACAGCAACAUCCCUUGAGGCAGGGAGUGGUGGGGUUCUAGUUUCUGUUGAUAAAUUAAAGGAAGGCCAUGCAAUAAUUAUUUACCGUGGAAAAAACUAUAGACGGCCUCUAGAAGGGUUGACAAAAAAUCUUCUAACGAAAAGAGAAGCAUUGCGUAGAUCUACUGAAAUGCAGAGAAUAGGAUCACUGAAGUUUUUUGCACAUCAAAGACAGCGGAGAAUUGCAGAUUUGAAGCUCAAAAUGGCAGAUCUCCAGCAGAGAAAGGAAGUUGAGCAGAGGGAUAGGGAAAGUUAAUAUAUGAAUGCACACGUCCCACUGGUUUCCUCAUAAGUUUUCUGCAAAAUGGGGGGAGACGAGAUAGGAAAAUUUCUACACGCAUCAGUGCAGAACAUAUUUUUGCAAGUGAUUAAUCACUGUUUGAGUUGAGUCCUGCAAAAAGUAGAAAAAAAUUCAGUAUCUGGAAUUCAACUGCCAUUGAUGAUUUGCCCUAAAGUAUGGCUAGUACAUUUUUUAGCAGAUUUCUUCUAUAAAACAUUUUUUAAUACAUUCAUAGGUAUGAGGGAAUGAAUGGGAUUAUAAAAAUAAAGGGAUCUGAGGGAUCUCACUGCAUUCAUGACAACAUUUUAAAAGUGAGGAAAGUGAGUGUUUAUAAAUGCUGCAAUCCCUAAUGUUUAUAAAUUAGUUGUGAAUAGUAUUUAUUAGCCAUCAGUGAUUUAGUAAUUAUGAGGGAAUAUUUGGAUAAUUUUGUGAGUGAUUUUAGGGAUUUUUUUUCUGCCCUUGCUCUUGCAUGUAUGUGAGUAAAGGACAUGUUUUUGAGAGAUAUAUUAAACUAAGAACUUAUUUUUUACUCAAACCAAAUAUUAGAAUGAUAAACUAUUUGUUAUUGAUUCUACUCUUUUUAGAAACAUCAAAAUGAGGGCGAGCUUAACCAGCUCUUAUAAUCUAAUUUCUUCUGUUCUCUUCUCUCCUGGCACAUGCUUCUCUUUUCUUUCUUGCCCCCUUCCCCUUUCCUUUUCAGACAAUCAAAUAUUGAUGUCAUUGGGAAUAGAGCUUCACACUUGAGCACAAUUUUGAGGAACUUUUCCCCUACUUUUUUGGCCAGUCAAUUUUAAGGAACCACCAUUUAUAUAUAUAUAUAUAUAUUGAAAUGAUACGGAAGACUCCACCACACCUUGAGCAUCCCAUGCCUAUCUUAGUUAUUAUCAUGAAGUUUCUCGUUUUUAUUGCAGUAUUUGUCGAUUUUAUCAAUAGAGGCAAUUAAAUCUUUCAAUUUUUAUUUUAUUCCUUAAAUUGUUUCAUUUUGCCAGAUUCACUAUAUUUGGAAACCAUGCAAAAUGCUUUAUUUUUUAAAUUAUUCAGUUUUGUGAUGACAAAAUUUAUGUUGACCAGCAGGAACUAUAGGCAAAUCAGCGCCUUCCUUCAUCUCUAACACAUUCUAAGUCAAAUGUGGGAUUGGAACGUGUGGAAAUAUCUUUGCUUUUAUUACUUUGUAAAUAUUUUCUAAGAUAGGAUUAUGACUGGGCAUUGAUUAUAUAGCAUUUAUUAGCUUUUAUUUUUUAUCUUUUUUUUUUUUUAACUCUCUUAAGUGAUUGUUUUCUUUUCUUGUGCUUCUGGUAUUCUCCUAGUUGUCUAGAGACAUUUAUGCACAUUUCUUUCUAUCUAUUUUCCUUUAAUUGUAUUCCUUUUUCCAUGUGGGUCUGAUUUGCUUAACUUCAACAGCAGAGAACCACAGAUUUGAAGCUCAAACUGGGUUUUUUAGGCAGACCUCCUGCAGAGAAAGGAAGUUGAGCAAAGGGAUAAAGAAAGUUAAUAUUCGAUACAUGCAUCUUAAUAGAAGGAUUGCUCUUAAAUUGUCUGCAAAUUGGAGCGAGACAAGAGAUAGGAAAAUUUCUACUAGCAUCUUUGCAAGUAAGUAUCUCAAAUUUCUUAAUCACUGUUUGAGCUGAGUCCUACAAAGAGUAAAAAAAUUCAAUAUAUGGAAUUCAACUGUCAUUGAUGAUUUGCCCUAACUUAUGGGUAGUUCUUUUUUUAGCAGAUUUCUUUUUUAGAACAUCUUUUUAUAUACAUUCAUGAGAGUGAGGAAGCAAAUGAGAUAAUAAAAAUGAGACGACAGGGAUAUGACCAGUGACCACGUUCAUGACCCCAUUUCUUAAUGUGUCUGUAAAUCCUUUUGUAGUCCGUCAGAACCAAAGGAUACACUGACCAUAAAGACCUACCUUCCAUUUCUAACCCCCCCCAAUAAAGGACAUUUUUGAGAGAGAUAUUAAACUAAACGCUUCUUUACUCACCAAUUAUUAGAAUUCUAUUUGUUAUCGUCUCUACUCUUUUUAGAACAUCAAAAUGAGGGAGAGCAUAACCACCUCUUGUAAUCUAGUUUCCACUCUUCUCUUCUCUACCAGCACUUCCAUAUCUUUUCUUUUCUUCCUUGCCACAAAUAUUGGACUUGGUUGUCAUUGGAACUACUGUAUAUAAGUAUAUAUAUAUUUGAAUGAUAUAGAAGUCUUCACCAUACCUUGAGCUUGCAGAAGUCUUCCCUGCACCUUAGAUACGGGCACUCUGUUGUAUGUCCUUUAACUCCUCUGGUCAAGAAGAAGAUGGUCAUGAAGUUUCUCAUUUUUAUUUAUAUUUGGUGAUAUAUCAAUUGAAACUAUGAUAUUUCGUUUUUUUUAUUCCUUAAAAUAUAUCAUUUUGUCAAAGUCUCUAUAUUUGGAAACUAUAUCCAAAUAACUUGACGCUUCAUUUUUUAGAAUGAUUCACUUUUGUUGUAUCAAAAUUUAUAUUGAGCAACAAAAACUAUAGGUAAAUGAGAGUCCUCCUUCAUCUCUAUUUCUUUCUCAGUCUUAUGUGAGUUUCAAAUGGCAUUUGAAAUUUCUGUUAAUGGUCUUGUGACCUAGUAGCACUAAGAUCCCCUGCUUGUGGUUGAUCAAGGAUUCGAUCUUGGUUGCAUUUAAGCUGUUCCAGCUUGUCCCUGUGCGCUCAAAAUUUCUUUCCACACACUCCGUCAUGUCUGGGAAAUUUAAGCCUGAUCAAAAAAAUUGAAUAGGACGCAAGCUUAAUUAGUUUAGUCUGCAUAGUACAUAAAUAACAUUGGGAAGUCAGAUUUAGAAUAUUUUCUUUAAUAUACAGGAAAUAUUAUCAAUAGAUAUUGUGGUUGACUGAUCCAAUAAUUAGGGCUCAAUAUGCGUAAAAUUUUGACAUGAUUGUAUAUUGACCGUCAUUCGUUGAUCAUUGGCCCUCAUAUUUAUAUGACAAUUCUUAGCAUCCAUACUAAUCCUUAACUGCAUGAUGGUACUUAAAAGUGUCUAGAUUUUGAUAGAAAAUAUCUAAAUUCAAUAAAUACUUGCACGUGUAAUUCUUUUUUACUGUGACUAGCUAGAUACUCUAAUAUAAUAAUGUAGUAUCUUUAGAAAAAAAAUGAUUUAUAUUUGAAUGCAUCCUAAAUACGAAGGCAAAUAUAGGAAUCAUGAUUGCGGAAGGACAUAAUUUAGAAAAUACAACUGGAAUGAUUAAUCGGCUUCAUAAAGGAACACAUAUCAACUACUUAGCUGCAAAAGGUUUGAAAACGAAAAAAUAGAUCUGUUGGUUGGAUAAUGCUUCUUUUAUUCAUGAACGAACUGGAAGGGAAGCAAUAGCUGGAAGUUAUUCAUGAAUUUAGGAAAACAAUUCAAAGUUGAAUUGUCCUCAGCAGCAGGUGAUUUUGUAGGAGAUUCAAGGGAUGGUUUGGGAGGAAUUGAUAAAGAUUGCAGGGGUCCUUCUAACAUUUCUACCACUUUACUCAUAGCUGGUCUAUCCAAUGGAUUUGUUUGAAUGCACCAUAGACUCACUAAAGUCAUCUUCCUUACCACCUCAUCGUCUUCCAUUGUGAUUACUAUAGAACUAGCUGGAUGAUGACCGCGUUCAAGAUCCUUAUAAAUCCAAUCUGGAAAAUACAUUUCUUCAGUAUGUGAUCCUCUGCUGUCAUAAUUCUUCCUUCCUCCAACCAUUUCAAGGACUAACAUACCAUAACUAUAAACAUCAGCUUUAUGAGAAACUCCACCAAAUGCUCUAUUGAAUAUUUCUGGUGCAAUGAACCCUACUGUUCCUCUAGUGCCCAAGAUUGAUACAAUACUCUCCUUACAAAUCUUAGCUAAUCCAAAAUCGGAUAUUUUUGGGCAAAAUGUUUCAUCCAAAAGAAUGUUUUGGGGUUUGAUAUCAAGGUGCAAAAUCCUAGUGUUACAACCUCGAUGCAAGUACUCAAGACCACGAGCAAUGCCAAUAGCAACUUGGUACAACACAUUCCACUCCAAAAUACAAAAAGCAUUUGGAGAUCCUCUUUUAUAGAUGAAAUUAUCUAAGGAACCAUUUGACAUGUAUUCAUAGAUUAGUACUCUUUUGUUCCUUUCACAACAAAAUCCCAGGAGAGUGACUAUGUUGACAUGGGAGGUUCUGCUGAUCCUUGCAACUUCAUUUAUAAAUUCUUCUCCAUUUCCUUUAGAUUCCCUUACUACUUUUACUGCCACAAGACGGCCAUCAGGGAGGCUUGCUUUGUACACGACGCCAUAACCUCCCUCACCUAAUUUGUUUGAAAAUGAUCUAGUCAUUCUUUUCACCUCUGAAUAACUGUAUUUCCUUGGUGCCAAAGAGCUAUAAUUAUUUAUGAAGGAUCGAAGAUUGUUAUCAUGAUAUGCUCUGCUCUUUUUGAA